AUGUGCAUCACCACCCACUCCCAAUACCUCUGCAAGCACAAAGGCCCCACGCACACCACGCAGUGCACCCCCACCUUCACGCGCCCCGUCUGCGCCGAAAAAGCCCGCGCGUCCAACACCCUCACCUUCUGCUGCAACAUCCGCUGCUGCCACCAAGCCGUCAACGCCGCCAAAGACCGCUUCAUGUCCGCUUUGGAGGACUACGAAGCCUUCCGGCCCUCAACAUGGGACUGCGUAUUCGGACGGGCGAAGCUGAAGGAGCAGAAAGCGGAAUUGCGGGGACAGUUGAUCGCCGCGAGGAAGUUGCGGGAUGAGGUCGAGGAGACGCAUCAUCAGUGUUGGAAGAUGCAGAUGGCGGUGAGGGGGUUGUCGACGAGGACAUAUAUGGAUGUGUUGGAGGAAAGGAUGAGGGGGGAUUCGACGGGGGAUUCGAGGGUCGAUUCGAUGGCGCCGGUGGAUGGGGAGGCGAUGGGUUAUGAGAUGCGGGAGAUGCGGGCGGCUGCUUUUGCGGACGAGAGGGAAGCGUCGAAUGGAGUGUAUUUCCCACGUGGAGCGAUGUGUUCGAGUCGGCCGAAGGGCAAGGAGAGGGCGAUGGUUUGA